UGGAGUUAAAUGAUGUCACUUUGCUGAAGUGAAAGUUAAAUAUAGAACUGGUAUCUGCACACAGAAACAAACUUUCUCCUGCAACUCACAAAAAUAACACUGCAGCUGACAGUCUACCUUUCGUAGAGAAAUAAAAGGGAAUAACAGACUCUGAAAUGGCGUCCCCUAGAAGUUUCCUGUCUGAAGAUCAGUUCCAGUGCUCUGUAUGUCUGGAUAUGUUCACUGACCCAGUUUCCACUCCAUGUGGACACAACUUCUGCAAAGUCUGUAUCAGCAGAUACUGGGAUUCCACUGACCUGUGCCAGUGUCCAGUGUGUAAGCAUAAGUUCUUCACGAGACCUGAGCUUCUCGUCAAUACCUUCAUUUCUGAGAUGGCUGCUCAGUUCAGGAGGUCAGUUCAAGUGGAAGCUCCCAUCAGCCCAAACCAAAGUCUUACAGAGUCUGGAGAAGUGGCCUGUGACGUCUGCACUGGGACGAAGCUCAAGGCCCUGAAGUCCUGCCUGGAGUGUCUGACCUCUUUCUGUGAAAUUCACCUGCAGCCUCAUCAGAGAGUUGCAGGCAUGAAGAGACACAAGCUGAUCGACCCUGUGGAGAACCUGGAAGACAGGAUGUGUAAGAAGCACGACAGACUCCUGGAGCUGUUCUGUAGGACUGACCAGACAUGCGUGUGUCAGUUCUGCACUCAGACAGACCACAAGAUUCACCACAUCAUCCCUCUAGAGGAAGAGUGUGGCGAGAGGAAGGCUCAGCUUGGGAAGACGGAUGUACAAGUGCAGCAGAUGAUCCAGGAGCGACUGCAGAAGGUUCAGAAGAUCAAACACUUAGUAGAGUUUAGGAAGAGAGACACAGAGAGAGAGAUAGCGGACAGCGUGCAGAUCUUCACUAAUCUGGUGUGCUCCAUUGAGAGAAGACAGGCUGAGGUCAUUGAAUUGGUUGAGGAGAAGCAGAAAGCAGCAGAGAUGCGGGCUGACAGGCUCAUUAAAGAGCUGGAGCAGGAAAUCACUGAGCUAAAGAGGAGACGCACUGAGCUGAAGCAGCUCUCACACACUGAGGAUCACCUCCACCUCCUCCAAAGCUCCCUAUCCCUGAGCCCCCCCACCAACACCAAGGACUGGUCUGAGAUCAGUGUUCACAGUGCACUGUGUGUAGGGAUCAUGAGGAGAACUUUGUCUCAGCUGGAGGAGACAGUUAUCAAAGAGAUGGAGAAGUUGUGUGAUGCUGAGCUGAUGAGGAUGCAGAGGUGUGCAGUGGAUGUGGCUCUAGACCCUGAUACAGCACAUCGCUGUCUCAUCCUGUCUGAGGACGGGAAACAAGUGAGAUAUGAACAAAGACCACAGGUUCUCACUGACCACCCAAAGAGGUUUGAUUGUUUAUACUCUGUCCUAGGAAAGGAGGGCUUCUCCUCAGGGGGAUUCUACUAUGAGGUGCAGGUAAAGGGGAAGAUUGAGUGGAUUCUUGGAGUGGCCAAAGAGUCCAUCAUGAGAAAAGAAUCUACAACUGAGAGCCCUGAGGGUGGACGGUGGACUGUGUAUAUGAGAGGUAAAAAUAAGUAUCAGGCCUGCGACAAUACUCGUGUCCCCAUUUCCCUGAGAGAGAAGCUCCAGAAGGUGGGGGUGUUUGUGGAUUAUGAGGGGGGUCAGAUCUCCUUCUAUAAUGUGGAGGCCAGGUCUCAUAUCUACUCUUUCACUGGCAACACCUUCACUGAGAAACUCUAUCCGUAUUUCAACCCUUGUAAUAAUUCUGAGGGUCCAAACUCAGCCCCAUUGGUCAUCUGUCCUGUCAAUCACACAGACUGAAUAAAAUGUCGUAAUUUAGCACAUUUUAUGUGCAAUUAGUUUGUAGAUAUAAUUUUAUCAUGCAAUGAUGAGUAAAUAAUCCAAUGUAUUAUAGUGCUGGUUAUGUAUGUGCUGUGUAAGAUAAUGGGGGUGUACUGUGUUGGAAUAUUGGGUGUACUGAAUCGUUGUUUUUUUAUUUUUUUAUUGGCUUACUGCCAGACAACCUUAAAAGACUCAAUAAAUCCACUAAAUGCCA